UGAGUUUAAGGAAUGCGGGUGGAAGGGGUGCCUUAUUCAGGGAUGUUCUAAUCCAAAGCUGUCCUGUCUGAAAGAUUCAGGUGAACAGAUUCACCCCACACAGGAGUUGUAGGCUGUAUUUAAAGCAGGGGUUCACAGAUUUCCAGCAGGGAAGCAAAAGCAGACAGCAUCACAUCUGGACAGCGCAAAUUCAUCGACUAGCAUCUUAGGCUGCAUGUGAAUAUUCAUUCUGCAGCGCGUUAGCAUCUUCUCCAAGCUGAAAGAGUAAACCUUUUACGAGGCUUAUGGAAGAAAGAUGUGGGAAUGAUUUAGCGUUGAUUUUCCAGUCUCAGCUCAGCAGCAGGGGGACGUAAAUUUGAAGAAAAGGGGAUGGAGAUGCAUGCUUCAGACGAUUUGCAAGUCCUCCCGUCUGAUUGAUGCUUCCGCCCGGAGCCUGCGUUGCUAAGAGACAGCGGUGCUGCACGAGCGCAUGCUUAUUGGAUCAUUCACAAGAAGAGAGCAAACCUGAACACCUACGCUCAGCCUGAUCAGAGUGCACUCAGACUAUAGCACGUGCCAAAGAGGGAUAUUAAGAGCAUUAAGUGGACGAGGAAAGACCAGGCAGAGACGGAGGAUGCCAACGUCGACAGACAGCAACAUCAUGAGCAAGGUCCCUUAAUUAGUUGACAAAGGAAGUCACAUGAUAUUGUCCUUCAGCAAAACCCGGAUUAAAGCUCUGUAGCUUCAAUAAUAGAAUAUUGUCAGCUGAGGGACGGAGAUUGUCUUGUCUCUUUAGUAAGCCAUUCGUUCAACAAUUGCCUCCAUGCUUCUUGCAGAUGAUUCCUUCAUAAGCCCGUUUGAGGUUGCCAAAUCUUUUCCGCAAAGCCCUUGCAAAUCUCCUUGGUGUCAUUAGGGAUUUUGUGGUGUUUGAUUGCUUUUCUUGUCAUUCUUGUCCUUAGCGGACUUGAGUCUGGCAGCCGUUUAGUUUUUACUUUGAACUGUCCAUGUGUCCCAGAGGGUCCCUAGCACCCCAACAUCUGGCAGACAGCCCGAGUGUGGACCGAUUGCAGACAGAGUGCAGUUUAAUUUGUGCUGUGCCAUCCUCAAGACACACGCUCCAGUCAUGCAUGGUGUCUGCCAGCACACUGCGGUGACCUGUGUAUAGCCGCUACUAAGGUGACUGUCAGAACUCGGCUAGCGGAAAACGACGACCAUGAAUCUAAGACUGCACAUGUCCAUAUGAGAAGACCAUUUACCGCUUAAGACAGAGAAGAAAUAGAGUGAGAGGAAGAAACGUCCAGGAUGACUCUACAGUCAAACUGUACAAGAAAAGUCCACCCAUUUUCUCCAGAGACUGCUGGAAUUUAUCACAACACAGUGGCUCGAUAGUGCAGAAGCAUACCCGAUACAAACCACACACGUGUUCAGUUGUACACAGGCAUGGGUGGCAGCCUUCGCUUAUCUAAAGCUGAAAUGUCAAAUUCACAAAGGCUUGUCUCAUCAGACUGUUGCUGCAGGAAGAAUCAAACACAGCAGACACCCACUGUGUAGACUUUGUGCCGAUUUGAACAGGUGUGUGUUUUGAGCCAAGCUAUGAGAGGAUGGGAGCGAGGCAGAUCUGAGUUGAGUGGGUGAGAGUGAGAGAGAGAGCAAGUGAGAUAGGUGCAUGACCCACAGGCAGACCGAGAGAGCUCUGUUUCUGACUUUCAAGCUGUUCGUGUGUGUGGGUGUGUGUCAGCUGGCACGCUGACGGGCUCUGAGGGCAGGCUGGGCACGGUGGCAGGAGCCGGUGCAUGGCUGUGGGGGGGUCGCGCGGCGUGCGCUCCUCAGCAGCGAGAGAGCCGCUGGGGGUCAGGCUUUGGCUGGGGUCGGACACAGAGACCCUGGGGGCCCAGCGGGGGGCCAGUCGAGCGGUGUACUCGGACUGCAUCAGGGGGCAUGCGCUGCUCUCUGCGCUUAUGGGUACUGCUGGCAUCGUUGGCCCUCCUCUUCCUCACCUCUCUACUCUUUUCACUCUCACUGAGGGGAGGCCCUGGCUUGUCCUACCUGGAGUCCCCUGGGUGGGAAGAGUCAAGACAGGUGAAGUUGGUGCCUAACUACGCUGGCUCCCACAAGCUGGUUUCUGCUGAGGGAAGCCAGCAGAAGACAUGUGUCUGUAAACGCUGUGUGGGCGACCCGGGCGUCUCAGAUUGGUUUGAUGAGAAUUAUGAGCCAGAUAUUUCGCCCGUGUGGACAAGGGACAACAUCCAGCUGCCUUCAGAUGUCUACUACUGGUGGGUGAUGCUGCAGCCACAGUUUAAGCCCCACAGUAUCCAACAGGUGCUGCAGAGACUCUUCCAGGUGAUCCCCGGGCACUCGCCGUAUGUCUCUUGGGACCCCGCUCGCUGUCUGCGCUGUGCUGUGGUAGGCAACUCAGGCAACCUGCGUGGGGCUCGCUAUGGCUCGGUGAUCGACGGUCACACCUACAUCAUGAGAAUAAACCUGGCACCGACUGUGGGCUAUGAAGAGGACGUGGGCAGUCAUACCACCCACCAUUUCAUGUACCCAGAAAGUGCCAAGAACCUGGCUGCCAAUGUCAGCUUUGUUCUGGUGCCCUUCAAGACUCUGGACCUGCUGUGGAUCACCAGCGCCCUCUCUACUGGCCAAAUCCGCUUCACCUAUGCUCCAGUAAAGCAGUUUCUGCGGGUGGACAAGGACAAGGUCCAGAUAUUCAAUCCGGCAUUUUUCAAGUACAUCCAUGACCACUGGACACGGCACCAUGGCCGCUACCCCUCUACAGGCAUGCUGGUCCUCUUCUUUGCCCUGCAUGUGUGUGAUGAGGUGAAUGUAUUCGGCUUUGGGGCUGACAGCCGUGGCAACUGGCACCACUAUUGGGAACAGAACCGUUAUUCUGGAGAAUUCCGGAAAACAGGAGUCCAUGACGCGGAUUAUGAGGCCCAGAUCAUAGAGCGCCUGGCCAAAGCUGGCAAGAUCACAGUCUUUCCAGGGAAGUGACACUCUAUGUAGCAAGUGUGGAGGGAAGGAGCCACUGAUGAACCAACUACACAAACCCUGCUCCUGCUUUCUUUUCUUUAUUUCUACCCCAACCUGGAAGAGGAACUGAAUAAAGGUGGACCAUUGAUAUUGGCA